AUGAACGUCCAGGUCCUGCCCACGCUUGUGCAGCUGGCAAAGGAGAGCCUGCUGAAGAAGGAAAACUUGUCCAUCUCUGAUCUGGAGGACCUGCCUGGGGAGCUCUUCCCGUCACUCUUCAAGGAGGCCUUUGACAGCAGAAAACUGACCAUACUGAGGGCGAUGGUGGCAGUCUGGCCCUUCCCCGUCCUCCCCCUGGGCUCCCUGAUGGUAACACUCGACUGGAAGACCACUGUGGCCAUGCUUGAUGGACUUGAUGAUCUGCUUGCAAUGAAGGUUCCCUCCAGGAGGUGCAAACUACAAGUCCUGGAUUUGCGGAUCAUGUGCCAGAACUUCUGGAUAGCUUGGGCGGGAACAGAAGAGGAGAGCAGCUUCUUAGAUGUCAUAGCUGAUAAGCGGACCUUAGUGAAGCAUCCACGAUCUGGGGUGAAGCAGCCCAUGAAGGUGUCAGUCUUCCUUAGCCUCAGGUCCUGCACUGGGGAUAUGGACAAAAGCCUCGUGUACCUGUUGCGCUGGGCCAGGCAGAGAAAAGGUUCCGUACAGCUGCUCUGCGAGAAGAUGGACAUUUGGCCACUGUCCUAUUGCAGUCUCUCAGAAUAUCUGGAUCUUGUCCAGCUGGACUCUGUGGAGGAGCUAGAACUGAAAGGAGAGUGGAGUAUGAGAAGCCUGGCUCAUUUCGGAGUUUACAUCCGUCAGAUGAGAAAUCUGAGCAAGUUCUUUCUCUCUGCCUCUAAAGAGACGAAGCAGUGCUUCAACCCUCCUUCCUCAAAGUUGACCAGGGUGUAUAUUGACAAGUUUACCUCCCAGUUCUCCCAUCUCGGCUGUCUCCGGCAUCUGGGUCUCAAUGGUGUGAACUUCCUCCGUGACCACCUGGAGAAUGUCCUUGGGGGCCUGAAGACUCCCCUGGAGACCUUAUCACUCACUAAUUGCUUACUUUCUCCAAAGGACUUCAAAUAUCUGUCUGAGUGCCCAAACAUUGGUCAACUAAAACACCUGAACUUGAGUGGUGUCCAGCUUUUCUUUUUACCUCCUCAGAGCUUCCCAGCAGUGCUAGAACGAGUCACAGGCACUCUGCAGACCUUGGACUUGGAGGGCUGUUUGACUAAGGACUUCCAGGUGAACAUGCUCCUACCUGCCCUGAGCCGCUGCUCCCAGCUCACCAGGAUCAAUUUCUAUGACAACCGCAUCUCCUUGCAAGCCCUGAAGGACCUACUGCUCCACACAGCCAAUCUGAGCCAGCUGACCAUGGAGCUGUACCCAGCCCCAAGAGAGAGUUAUCAGGAGGAUGGUGUGUUACUCAAUGAGAGAUUUGCCCAACUCUGUUCUCAGCUCAUGGAUACACUGAGGGCCAUACGGGAGCCUAAGAUAGUCUUGUUUUCCAGCAUUUCCUGCCCUUUCUGUCGUUCACGCUUGGUCUGUGACCUGGGUCCCCCUGUGUUUUUCUUUGAGUAG